GGAUUUAGCAGGGGACGAGGACGUGGUUCUGAGGUCAGAGGGCAUACAGUUGGUCAAACGAGUAGAGCUGACAUACAGCCACGAGCAUUUGCUAUGACAAGAACAGAGGCGAAUGCAUCUCCAGAAGUGGUUACCGAGCCAAAGCAACAACAGAAGCCUCGGUCGAACCAGUGAAGUCAGCCGGAUGGCUGAAAGGUGUGCGGCGGAAGUGAACUCUCCCCAUGUUUUCACUUUGAAGUCGAACUAAAUGUUUUAACGCUUUUAAGUUUGUGUACCCACUGAAUGUUAAACUACUAUGUUGGGUUUGUACUUUGUUUUAAACUCAAACUUUGCACCAUUCGGUGUUAUGCUUUUGGGG